AUGACAGACACUGAUCGAUCUCAACCAUUGAAUGUACCUCGUGGUGGUCGUUCAUCACGAUAUCGUACACAUAGUUCGGGUAGUUUAUCAUCUUCAUUUGGUUCUCCAUCGGGUUUAACCAAUAUAAAUAAUACUAAUGGUGGAGCAACAUCAGUACAUAGUAAAAAAACAGUUUCCAGUUCUACUGGAAAUAAUAAUAUUGGUUCAAUAUCAACUUCAAUGGGCACUGGUAAUAGUGCUGGUACAUUGCCACAAUUCGAUGAAAAACAUGCUGCAGCUGGAAAUAUUUUUGAACAUCGUCAAGAUUGGUCAAUACUUAAUCGUCUUCCAUUACAUAAACGAAAUGCAAUACAUAUUCGUCUUGAAGAUGAAGGUCCUUAUGGAAAUGAUGAAACAAGAUGUUUUGUUUUAUCUCAAUUAUCAAUGGUUGGUUGUACAGAUGUAACAUGUACUGUUUGUGGUCAAUCAAUGGUUGUCUAUGAUCGAUACCCUCUUGUUGAUGGUACACUUUUUUUAAGUCCUAUUAAACAUAGUGACAAUGGAAAAGUUUCUAUUGCUGUUUAUCAUAAUGAUCGGCAACUGUAUUUGCAUGGCAUAUGUCUUGAAUGUUUAUCCAUGCGUUCAUUACAUGUACUUUGUCGUUUAUGUAAGACUAAAUUUAAUUUUGAUCCAAUUAUUUUCGGUACGCUUUAUUAUUAUGAUCUGUUUGCAGCAUUUCCAUGUUGUCAAGCAAGAUUAUCAUGUUCGAAAUGUUUUCAACCAAUUGUUUCAAUAAAAGAUGGUCUUAUUAAUUUUAGUAAUUAUUCAUCUGAAUUUGAAUGCGGUCAUUGUGGAUCAAAAAAUCAUCAUUUUGUUAAACCAUUUGAUGAAACAUUUGAAAAACGAUUGUAA